AUGUUGCAGAAAGAAAAAGAGAAACUUCACAAGAAAAUUCAUGACCUGGAGAGAGGACUUGAUGCUAAACAGGCAUUGGAAUUGGAGAUAGAACGGCUAAAAGGAGCUUUCCAGGUAAUGAAUCACAUUGGAGAGACUGAUAUAGAUGAGAAGAAAAAAUUGGAAGCAAUCAGAAUGGAGCUGCAGGAAAAGGAAGAGGAAUUAGAGGGUGUGGAAGAUCUUCAACAAACACUAGUAGUUCAGGAGCGCAAAACUAAUGACGAAUUGCAAGAUGCCCGCAAAAAGUUAAUAGCUUGGAUUGGCUGCCCAAAGACCAGUGCUCGAGUCAUAAUUUCUGUGAAAAGGAUGGGCGAACUUGAUAUUAAGCCAUUUCAGGAAGCAGCUAAGAGAAAAAUUUCUGAUGAAAUGAAUGAGAAAGCAGUAACUAAGAGAGAAUUUUCAGAGAAGGUGCAAAUGAAAGCAAUCGAGUGGUGCUCAAAGUGGGAUGACUGUGUUAAGGAUCCUAGCUGGCAUCCGUUCAAAGUUGUAACUGACAGAGAAGGGAACUCCAAGGAAAUUUUAGAUGGAGAAGAUAAAAAGCUGAAAAGUUUGAAGGAUGAGUUUGGGGAUGAGGUGCAUGAUGCAGUAGCUACAGCUCUGAAGGAGUUAAAUGAGUACAACCCUAGUGGUAGAUACCCAAUACCAGAACUCUGGAAUUUUAGGGAAGGAAGGAAGGCUUCCUUGAAGGAAGGUGUUUCCCAUUUAAUUAAGCAAUGGAGAUUAAAUAAGGGAAAGAAAGCUUAUUGA